ACCUCGUUGACACCUGUGACUCUGGCUCAGCUAUAGGCUGGCUCUGGAUGGAGGAGGAGGAGGAUGCUUCUACUAUUUUAGUGUGAGAGGAAGAGGAGGAGGAGGAGACAAGAGAAUCAACAGGCGUUCACACAAACCAGGAUCCUGUUCCUUUGUUCCCCUCUGAUUGGCACAGGCUGUUGUUAUUCCACUGUGGAUCGGUGGCGGCAGUAUGUGUAGGAGAUCAGCGAGCUGCAGUGUCUGAAAACACCCGAGGAGGAGAACACACACACACACACACACACACACACACACACACACACACACACACACACACACACACACACACACACACACACACACACACACACACACACACACACACACACACACACACACACACACACACACACACACACACACACACACAGUCAGCAUCACGCAGCACCAGAAGCCGACGUUUACCCGACUGAACUGGCUAACGGCUAAUAUUUCCUUCCUGGAUUCUACACACUCAUCUGUGAAGUGCAUCUGUGGCGUCUCGCACUCAUCUUGUUCUCAAACGCUUUUUGGGAAUUUUCUUAUUCCUUUCUCCUCUUGUCUGCUCCUUCUGGACCUGCGAGCACCUUUUAGAGAGAGACUCUGAGUUUCAGUUUUAUGUUUGGCUGGCAGGGGCGUCAACAGCGUCCAUAAUCAUAUCUGGCGACGAAAGGGUUUCUACGCCUGGACAAUGGCUCUGGAGUGGCAGGACCAAUCAGUAACACCACUCAGUGGAAGCUUUCCUGUGGCCACAGAGGUUUCUGAUGACUUUCAAUAGAGUUCAACUCUUCUGGGACUGAGUGAGGGGGAGGAGGGUGGAGAGGAGGAGAGGAAAGGAGUGGAAGAGAGGAGGAGGAGGAAGACCACACCAGAUCAGAGCUCAGGAUGGAUCUUCUCUCCAUCUAUAUUUAAUGUGAGUGUGGAGGUUUAGAGGGGGGGGGAGGGUCUCUGAGCUGUUCUCCUGUUAAGAAUGUACUGUGAUUGAGCCCUGAUCAUUUUGACUGCACUUCACUGGAGGUCCACUUACAACCUGUAAGCAAGGGAGAGACAGAAAGAAACAGAGCUCCCUUCUUCUGAUGUCUCCAAGACUCGUCAGGUAAUCAAGCCCAUUUCCUGCCUUUCGAACCCCCCCGUGCUGUCGUUAUUGAAAGAGAAGAGAACAAGGAGAGAGAGAAGAGUCCCAGUGAUCCAGAGAGACUACUGCUGGGGAGUUGCUGGCGGUGCCAUCUGUGUCUCUCCGUCCUAACUGCCUUCCCAGCUGUUGACCAUGCUGCGUCUGGUGUGUCCCCCUGGUUAGGGAACAGAGGAUGCAGGACCAUCUAAAUGGACUUCCUUUUGGACUUUUGGUCCCCCUUACUGCUCAAUAGGAUGCAGUGAGUAACCUAACCCGUGCCAGCACACCACUCCAACUCCUCCACCUUAUAUUCCUCUCCUCUGUGGCUGCCAGUUCAAUCGCCCUGCAAGCCAACUGUUUUCUCGUUCCCGGCUCUAAAAGAAGAGAAGAGGGGAUAGUUAUUUCUCUUCCCUCUUCUGGUCCCUUGCUCCUGAGAUGAAUUUCAUCUUCGGCAACAACACUCAGUUCCCACGAGGUGGGCGGAGUGGUGGAGGCGGGGGCCAAGGGCACGGGGGGCCCCAGAAACAGAAACAGGGGCCCAAGAGAGGCGCCUCAGAGGAACUGUCCUCGGGACAUCAUACGGGCUCACCUUCCUCCUCCUCCUCCUCUUCCUCCUCUCACUGGCAGCAGCUCAUCACCUUCUUCUCGAAGAGAAACGCCUUUAGUGACUGCAUCACAGCCGGAGCCACUCAGCAGCCAGAUGUGGUGGUCCCGCCCCCCGUACCCAUAAUCCCUGUGAUCCCCAUCCCAGCCGAGACCACUCCUGUCAUCUCUCCACCCUCCUCUCUGCCUGCACCCGCGUCACCCACGUCACAGGCAAACCCACCUCCUGUGGUGGUCAACACAGACAGCUUGGACAGCCCCCCAUACGCGAAUGGAUCUGAAGCUGAUUAUGAAUAUGAUGAGAUCACACUGGAACGGGGUAACUCUGGGUUGGGCUUCAGUAUUGCAGGGGGUACAGAUAACCCCCACAUCGGCGAAGACCCCAGUAUCUUCAUCACCAAGAUUAUCCCUGGGGGAGCUGCAGCUCAGGACGAACGCCUCAGAGUGAAUGACUGCAUCCUGAGAGUGAACGAGGCCGACGUGAGGGAUGUGACCCACAGUAAGGCUGUGGAGGCCCUGAAGGAGGCUGGCUGCAUCGUCAGGCUCUACAUCCGCAGGAGAAAAGCCCUCUCGGAGAAGAUCCUGGAGCUCAAACUAGUCAAAGGUCCCAAAGGGCUAGGAUUCAGUAUUGCGGGGGGAGUAGGGAACCAGCACAUUCCAGGAGACAACAGCAUCUAUGUCACCAAGGUCAUCGAGGGAGGGGCUGCACACAAAGACCAGAGGCUGCAGAUAGGAGACAAACUAUUGGCUGUAAACAGCGCUUGCCUUGAGGAAGUGAGUCACGAGGAUGCCGUGGCAGCCUUGAAAAACACCCCUGAUGUGGUUUACUUGAAAGUGGCGAAGCCCACCAGUGUCUUCAUGAACGACAGUUUCGCUCCCCCCGACAUCACCAACUCGUAUUCCCCUCACAUGGACAACCAUAUCAGCCCUUCCAACUACCUGAGCCGGCCCCAUACCCCCGCCACGCCUGGUCGCUACUCCCCCGUCCCCAAGAGCAUGCUAGGAGACGACGAGGUGACAAGGGAGCCCAGGAAGGUGGUGUUGCACCGUGGUUCUACAGGCCUGGGUUUUAACAUCGUAGGAGGAGAGGAUGGAGAGGGAAUCUUUAUCUCCUUCAUCCUGGCUGGUGGACCUGCUGACCUCUGUGGAGAGCUGCGCAAAGGAGACCGCAUCAUCUCAGUGAACGGGGUCGACCUGCGCAGUGCAACCCAUGAGCAGGCUGCAGCAGCUCUGAAGAAUGCUGGACAGACUGUUACCAUCACAGGCCAGUACAGGCCAGAGGAGUACAGUCGGUUUGAAGCCAAGAUCCAUGAUCUACGUGAGCAGAUGAUGAACAGCAGUAUCAGCAGUGGCUCUCUGCGGACCAGCCAGAAGAGAACUCUCUAUGUCAGGGCUCUGUUUGACUAUGACCGGGCGAAGGACUCGGGGCUGCCCAGCCAGGGGCUCAACUUCCACUUUGGAGACAUCCUUCAUGUGGUGAAUGCCUCCGAUGACGAGUGGUGGCAGGCACGGCAGGUGACCCAUGAAGGAGAGGUGGAGGAGGUUGGCGUCAUCCCCAGCAGGAGGAGGGUCGAAAAGAAAGAGAGAGCGCGGUUAAAGACAGUCAAAUUCAACGCCCGCUCUCAAGACAAAGUGCAGUCAUUCAAUGACAAGCGUAAAAAGAACCUAUUUUCCCGAAAGUUCCCUUUCUACAACAAGAGCAAGGAGCACAGCGAACAGGAAACAAGCGAUGCUGACCAGCAUGUUACCUCUAACGCCAGUGAUAGUGAAAGUAGUUACCGUGGCCAGGAGGAGUACGUCCUGUCCUACGAGCCAAUCACACAGCAGGAAGUGAACUACACACGGCCUGUCAUCAUCCUGGGGCCAAUGAAAGACCGCAUCAACGAUGACCUCAUCUCAGAGUUCCCUGACAAAUUUGGGUCCUGUGUCCCACACACGACCAGACCGAAGCGGGAUUACGAGGUGGAUGCCAGAGACUACCACUUUGUGGUGUCCAGGGAGCAGAUGGAGAAAGAUAUCCAGGACCACAAGUUCAUUGAGGCGGGCCAGUACAACAACCACCUAUAUGGAACCAGCGUCCAGUCUGUACGGGAGGUCGCUGAGAAGGGGAAGCAUUGCAUCCUGGAUGUUUCGGGCAACGCCAUCAAGCGAUUGCAAUCGACCAUGCUCUACCCCAUCGCUAUUUUCAUCAAGCCCAAGUCUGUGGAGAAUAUCCUGGAGAUGAAUAAGAGGCUAACAGAGGACCAGGGGAGGAAGACAUUCGACCGAGCCAUGAAGCUGGAGCAGGAGUUCACUGAGCACUUCACUGCUAUCGUCCAGGGGGACUCUCUGGAGGAGAUUUAUAACACGGUGAAGAGGAUCAUCGAGGAGCAGUCAGGACCCUUCAUCUGGGUGCCUGCCAAGGACAAGUUGUGAAGGAAGAGAAACAGAAGAGUUGACCUUUUUUUUUUUUUGCCGUCCUCGUUUUCUUCUUUGAUUUUACGUCUAAUUUUAUGCCCUGAGCAUAGGACCCCCCUCCCUUUCACUUAUACCCCCCGCCGCCCUGCUCCCCUCUGUCACACUGGCUGGUGUCGUUACAUUAAUGUCUGGGGAUCUGAUCACGCAUAGACACACACACACACACACACACACACACACACA